AUGAACAAUGUGACAAGAGAGAUAUCUCUGGCGAACAAUUUUUUUCGUCAAAAUUUAUUAGGUGAAUCAUUACGACAUAGUUUUAUUCGUUUAACAGUUAUAUUAUCCGCUAUAAUUAUUGUUUGGGGUGGAAUAAUACUUGCGUUAAUUAUUCAUAUGAAAUGUCAACGAGCAAGACAAAUGAUCAAAACAUCAAAUACACAACAUUCAUAUGAUAAUGAUACAAAUUCAAAUAAGAAACGAUCUAAUAAUCCGAAACGUAAUCGUCGUUUUGAUUCAUCAUCAUCAUCCGUAUCAUUAACACGUUAUUCGAUUCGUCAUUUUUUAUCACGACUUAAACGACAUGUUAUUUUUUGGCCAUCAUCAUCAACAUCAACAAUAACAGCAGCAUUAGCAGCAGCAACAACAGAAAAGAAUAAUUCGAUUCGAGAAUCAUUGUUAUUAAAAAAAGAACAUCAAAUGAUACCAACAAAUUCGAAUACAAUACAAAUUUUAGUUGAAAAUAUGACUAGACGACCAUUAAAUUCUAAUCGUUAUGUACCAAAUAUUGUUGCAAGUAAACUUUUAUUUCAUCAUGAAACUGAUAGUUCAAGUGGUGAUGAAUUAAAAAAUUUCUUUCCAUUUGAAGAAGAUCAACCAUCACGAAAAAUAUCCAAUGUUAUUCAAUUUAUAGAACCACAAAAUUAUAUUAAUCAUCCUUCUAUAUCAAUUUCAAACAGUGACAAUAAUGAUCCUGAAACAACAGAACGUCUACAAAAAUUACAUGAAUUUAAUACAAAAGCUACUCUUCUCUUUCAUCCAACUAGUCGACGUCUGUCAAAUACAAAACCAAAUUCUUAUCUUCCACCAAUAAAUACAAUACAAAAUCAACAACAACGAAAAUCAUUAUUAGUAGUUUCAUCUGCACGAGAAUUGACAGCAUAUAAUAAAUGGCAAUGGAAACAUUCAUUAGCAAAUGAUCCUAUAGUACGAGAUGAAAAUAUAACACUGAGUUCAAAACAAUUACCAUUAGUAAUGAUUACUGAUACAAAUUUAUCCAAUACAAAUAUUGUUGAACUUGAAACAUAUGAAGAUAAUCAUCGUUUAAUGACUGAUUUAGAAAAACGUUUAUCUCAACAAUUAAGAGCAUCAUAUCGACCAAGACAUUCAACAUAA